AUGGAUAUAUUCAACUGUCAGUAUUGCUCAAUAUCCCCUUUCGAUUUCAUUUUAGGUUUUAUAUAUGGUGAAAAACCACCCGAAAAAGAUGAAAAAAAGAGCUCGAACAAUAGCAGCAGUAAUAAUGUAUCCCAAGUAGUAUCAAAAGUAGGAGAAGAAAUAGAAAAAAGAUCGACAAAUGAAAUUCUACUUUUAUGCAGAGCUUGGGAAAAUUAUGUUCAUCCAAGGGCCAAAGAAUACUGGAAAGACUCACAGCAACUUCAAAACAUUCUAUGUAAAAUUGCCAGUGGUAUUACAAAAAAUGACGACCCAAUUUUAGGAGAUGAUUACGCAUGCGUUUUUUGGUAUGGAGAUAAAAAUAAAAAUGAUAACUUUCCAAUCAUAUCAGUUAAAAAGGGGAAUGACAAUGUCGAAACGAUUACUUAUGUUAACAGGGUCCUUAUAUUUCUUUAUGCAGAUGAAGCUAGUUUUCAGGAGUUACAGAAAAAACCAAAAAAAGCUUUUACAAUGGCAUGUGGGAAUAUAAACUGCAUCAACUUGACACACAUUUCUUUAGAUGAUUAG